AUGGAAUUUGAAAGUCGGUAAUUCAUUUCUUAAAGUGAAUUCAAUCGCAGUGAAAAGUUGACAUUAACUACAAUACAAUAAUAUGUUUCUAUAAUUGUAUUAUUGUUGGCCCUGGGAGAUGCAAUCAUGUUAUUUGUUAUCAAUGGAUUCGUGUUAAAUUACAUCACUUUAAGCUAUGCUAUCAUAAAUGUGCUAAUAGUGUUGAUCUGCAUCGCAACUCUAGUUUGGAAUAACUAACAAAAAAACUAUCUAUGCCUCAACUGA